AUGAGAGUGCUAGCUAUAUUCAUCCUCCUGGCUUUCCCCAUCAAUGGCCAGGAUGAAUCGUUCGCCAGCUCCUUCCUAUCAGGUCUCCUUGACACCCUGGACACUCAAGUCGACGCGAAGAACUGUCCCGGAGUGUGCAUGCAUGCGCUGGCUUCACUUAUAUGUUCUAAUGUCCUGGAGGAAGUUGAAUGUCCCAAGCCAUCCAUGAAAUGCUGCGUUGAUGAACCACUGGGUAACGACACGAUCACGACAACUCGGAAGCCCUUCACGACACGAUACACGACGACAGAAGCUGAUGAGGAAGAAGAUGUUACAACGAGACCUGACAAAUACAAAGACAGUGGUAACAUCGCGUGUCCGGGCAUGUGUGUUGAGUCACGGUACAGUCAAUAUUGCGAGGCGUACCUAACUUCGAGUGGACUGCCAACAACGGCGAUGACGACUACCCCCCAACCAAAGCAGAGGCCAGGUCACAAAUGUCGCGGUGACUGUAUCACGGGUCUGUUCGCGUUGUUGUGUGACCACGUGGAUGAGGACGCGACCUGUCCGUCAGACGGAACCUGCUGCAUUACAGAGUCCAGCACGGAACAGGUCACCAGGAGACCAACUACACCUAGACCUACCACUCCCGCGCCUCUUCCGCGAUGUCCUGGCUAUUGCUUGCUCAACCUCAUGUCCGCGUUCUGUGAGCGACCCGCCGUGAGACUUCAUAACACUCAGUGUAAACUCAGCGGCUCGAUAUGUUGUGAUAACAGCAGAGUUCCUCCUCGUACCACACCCCGGCCUACCACAACCACCACAACCACCACGACCACGCCGGCGCCACACGACUCUCGCCCCGACUGUCCCGGCUCUUGUAUUGUGUCACUGCUGUCGUUCACGUGUUUCCGAAACGCUGAGAUGACGGACGUCUUCAAAUGUAAGAAAGCUGGGACACAAUGUUGCGCGCCAAAGUCGAAGGUUCUAGAAGCUAUGGGCAUCAGCAGAAACGACACCUUCCCACUAGCCACCACUCAUUCACACACACACGCAUACACUCCACACACAUACACACCACAGACAUUACCGUAUACGACAGCCAUGACUCAGUACGAACCCAACUACGUAACAACUUUGAGGACUCCUGAAAAAUACAACAAAUAUGUAUGCGGUGUCAAAGGUACAUCAAGUCGUGCCGGUCGGGUCAUGGGCGGUGAGGAUGGUUCUCGAGGCGAGUGGUGCUGGCAGGUCGCUCUCAUCAACUCCUUGAACCAGUACCUGUGCGGCGCCGCGCUGGUCGGCACGCAGUGGGUCCUUACAGCCGCUCAUUGUGUCACUAACAUCGUUCGUUCUGGUGAUGCGAUCUAUGUCCGUGUUGGUGAUCAUGACCUGACGAGGAAGUACGGGUCCCCGGGCGCGCAAACUCUUCGCGUGGCGACCACAUAUAUACACCACAACCACAACAGUCAAACCCUGGAUAAUGACAUCGCGCUAUUGAAGUUACACGGGAAAGCUGAGCUUAAAGAAGGUGUAUGCUUGGUGUGUCUGCCCGCUCGCGGCGUCAGUCAUGCAGCUGGUAAGAGGUGCACGGUCACUGGAUACGGAUACAUGGGAGAGAGUGAGUGUGAACUCAUUAUUAUAACAGUCAUUAAAGUGAUAACGGGUCCCAUCCCACUGCGGGUCCGUGAAGCUGAGCUGCCGAUCGUGAACGACGCGGAGUGUAUACGGAAGGUGAAUGCAGUGACGGAGAAGAUCUUCAUCCUCCCCGCCAGUUCGUUCUGUGCUGGUGGAGAAGAAGGGAAUGACGCCUGCCAGGGUGACGGCGGCGGACCCCUCGUUUGUCAGGACGAUGGGUUUUACGAGUUGGUGGGACUCGUCUCGUGGGGCUUCGGCUGCGGUCGGCGAGACGUACCCGGAGUAUACGUGAAGGUUUCCUCAUUCAUUGGUUGGAUCAAUCAGAUAAUAUCUGUCAAUAAUCAAUAA